CCGCUACUAUGGCCAACAAUUAAUUUUUGCAUCUGAAACAGGAAAUACGUCAUUUAAGUAGUCAAGUGGUCAAGAGCAAAGACCACAACUGGGGAAUUAACGCAGCUAUUAUGUCGCUCUGUUAUUGGCUGGUUGUUAUUUGUUUUCGGGUGCAUUUGGCCAAGUAGGGCUCAUUCAGUCAUCUGUUGGACAAAAGUUGUGUUACUGACUAACAGUCUGAGCUCAAAUACACCUGUAAACUUUACUGAUCAUCUUUAUGAAGUCAAACUCCAACUACAAAAUGAAGACAAUAUCUUUCCUUCUCAUUAUCUCUUUAUUCAUCAAUGGUGUGUUUGGUGGUGAUGCACAUGAAGUGAAGUCCGUGACAGUGAUGAAGGGAAAAUCUUUCACUCUACACAUUGAUGUUAAUGGCACACGGAUAACAUUUGAAGACGUCGCUGAACUAAACACGGAAUCACAAUCUGCAUCACAAUUGCAGUCUGAUAAGAGAUGUACUCCGAUGUUAAAUCUUUCAAUCAAAAACAUUGCAACCAUCGACUCUGAAUUUUGUCAGCUAGACUUCGUCAUAAAUAAAAACAGGACCAAAUCAGAGGCUCAAAUGUCUGUUGUAGUAGAGUCAGUGACUGAGGGAGAUUCUGUCACUUUACACUCUCUUACUAAACUACAGAGUAAAGAUGUGACAGUGUGGAGGUUUAAUGUCUGUCGCAUAGCUAGAAUCAACAGUGAGAUCAACAGUGAUCCAGUUUAUGACUCUGAUGAGAGAUUUACUGACAGACUGAAGAUGAACAAUCAGACUGGAGAUCUCACCAUCACAAACAUCACAUCUGAACAAACUGGAAUUUAUCAACUAGAGAUCAUUAAAGGAACAUUGACAAUAAAGGGAUUCGGUGUUGUUGUGAGUCAAAGAUCAUCCACCGGUCUGUCUUCAGGGUGGACAGCAGGAAUUUGUGUUUUUACACUUGUCCUGGUUAUUGCUGUUGCUGGUUUGAUUUUCUAUUGCCACAAACGUCGAGGUCGAGAGGGUCCAAUCCAACCGCAGCCUCGAGCAUCUUAUAGAGCACCUACUGAGGUCAGGGAGUGAGGUUCACUUGCAUGCCUCUUCACUAGCUGGCCUCUCUUACAUUGGCAAAAGUUAAAGACUUGGUUAAAGACUUAGUAAAAGACCAGUAAAAGACUUACACAUAGUAAAUUUCUUGUGUUCCAUUACUCAUAUAAAGUGUGUUAAAAAAAUUUAAAGAUUAAUAGACAUUUUCAUCCUUUCAGUGAGUUUGGUUAUAUGUUAGUGAGUUAUAUGGACAUAAAAAUAUUACAUUCACAUUUUCCCACUGUUGCUGACUUUGACAACGAAAUCUUUUAACAGAAAGCUUUCCAGUUCAUAACUAUUAAACAUUCCUUCAUUUGCAGAGUUUUAACCCUUUAAAAACAAGUCUGUUUACAUAACAGUCAAUAGACAUUUACGAUCCGUCAUUUCUUUAUGGUGAAAACUUACAGG